AUGCGUCAUCACCUUGUUGAGGCCCUGAAGAUUGAAUAUCUUACUAUUAAGGAUCCGCUCGUUUUAUGGAAAAACUUGAAAGAAAUGUAUGACCACCUAAAGGUGGUCUUCCUCCCAAAAGCACGGCACGAUUGGAUCCAUCUAAGGCUACAAGAUUUCAAGUCAGUUAUGAAGUACAAUUCUGCGAUGUUCAUAAUUACUUCUAUGUUAAUACUGUGUGGAGAAACGAUUAGUGAUUCUGAUAUGCUGGAAAAGACAUUCUCCACCUUUCAUGCCUCGAACGUGCUCCUGCAGCAACAAUAUCGAGAGAAAGGUUUCAUGAAGUAUUUUGAUCUGAUUGCUCAUCUUCUCGUGGCUGAACAAAACAACGAUUUGCUUAUGAAAAAUCACGAGAACCGACCUACUGGCGCUACACCACUCCCUGAAGUGAAUGAGGUGUACGCCCACUACUCUAGGCGUGGAAAAGGUCAUGGACCCAGUCAUGAUCAUGGUCAUGGUCGUGAAAAUGGUCAAGGAAGAAAUUCUUUCCCUGGUGUUAAUCAUUCAUCAAAGAAAAAUCACUACCAAAAUGGGAAAAAGAAGGAUGAGAGUCAAGAAGUACCAGAAGCACAUGGCUCAGAAAAUAAAUGCUAUCGAUGUGGUUGA